AUGAGCAACCACUCGGAUGAUUCCGAUCGCGAGAGCGUACCGGCUCCUAAUCAGAUUUUGCCAUCAGUAAAGCCGGAGCAGCCUGUCGUCAACCCCUAUACCAUCAGUUCCAAAGACAUGUCAAUCAUUUAUGUCGCCGUUCAGAUCCUGUCUCGGGCUGGUGAAGCCUGCGGUUUUCUUCACCUUGUCGCUUACGUUGUUUUCGCUGGUAUCAACGCCUCCACUUUUGGGAAAGACAAUACACAAAGACCUCCAGGUGACUCAGCCUCAGAGGAAAUUCGUGCUGGAAUUGGUGCUAUGCUUGGCAUUGCCAUUGCCGUAUUGCUUGCAGCUCUAACCCACGCGCUCGAUGAGAAAGGCUGGAUAUACCAAAUAUUCUGGCUCCAGCUUCUUGCUGCACCUUGUACCUGUCUUGCUAGAUCUUCUUCAUGCUUUGAAAAUAUGACAGAAGACAAGCAAAUAGUGGUUGUUCAGGUUGCUGGUCAUAACAUGGCUAACCUCUUACUAUGGUUCCACCUCGAAAACAAACCAGUCGCACUUGAGAACGAUCUAUAUCCUCUGAUCGAGCCGAAAUGGUUCGGUUGGGGAGUUGCCAUCUGUUUUCUCCUUGGUGUCAGCAUUGGCCUUUUCUUUGUAGUCUCUGGUUUUAUCAUCGAGAAACAUAUGUCUGACAACCAAAGAGCACUCUUUCUCAUUGCUUUCGGAUCUCUCGGCGGUAUGUCUGUCAUGUGGCUCAUGGCUAAACUUUUCGAUUACUUUGUGCACACGACCAUCUUGCACAAACUGCUUUUGAUUGAGAUUGGGGCCCUUCCUGGUGCAUACUUCAUUGGAACCUCCGGUUGGCUGCUCAAGGCUCUCAAGACUUCUCCAGAGUAUUCAGCGGUCAAUCCAGCCGAGCCAUCAGUUGUUUGA